AUGGCGCCCGUUUAUCAAGGCGCAGUUCUGGACAGCAUGUUCACCGCCCGUGACCCUGUUUAUCAUAAAAGCCUGAAGAGUUCUGUGGCCCAGAUUUUUUCGAUGACAAACAUGAAAAACUUCGAAGUCUACGCGGACGAGUGCACACAAAUAUUCAUGGAAGCGAUGCUCACUCUAGAAGGCCAACCAGUUGAUUUUUCAAUGUGGCUUCAAUGGUAUGCUUUUGAUGUCAUUGGUGCUAUCACAUUCCAGAGACGCUUCGGAUUUACGGAGCAACGACGUGAUGUCGAUGACAUGAUCGGAAAAAUUGAUAUUGGCCUCCAAUAUGUGAAAAUCGUAGGCCAGUUGCCGUUUUUAAUCCCAUUGCUGCAAAAGGGUCUGAUGAGCAGGUCAUUUCAGCGGCUUAAUUUGCUGCCAGAUACGUUUGAUCGAUUUAUGAAGGUGCUGAUUACCGCCUUUGCAUAUAGUCUAGCCGGGAGUGACACCACUGCAAUUUCUCUGCGUGCUAUGAUCUAUUACAUAGUCAAAAAUCAGCAUGUGUACGACAAAAUUCAACGCGAAAUAGAUGAAGCAGACCGAAACAAGCAGCUUUCGAAGUUUAUCACAUAUGAGGAGUGCUUGAAAUUACCGCAAGCAACAAUGAAAGAAGCAAUGAGACUUCAUCCAGGUGUCGGCUUCCCGCUUGAGAGAUUCACACCCCCGGAAGGUGCCGAAAUUUGCGGCUACAGAUUACCAGGGCAAACGAAUGUCAGCAUCUCUGCCCCCGUUAUCCAUUAUAUCACAGAUAUCUACGGCGAAGAUGCCGAUUCCUUCCGACCUGAACGCUGGUUAGAGGCAUCGCCAGAGGCAUUAAAAGCAAUGGAAAGGUAUUUCCUAGCGGUAAGCAACGCUACCCAAGCACUUAUUACUUGA